GAAAACUAUGAAAGGUAAAAGGUCAAUCGCUAAGCUGUUUCCAUCAUCUCUAACUGUGAAAGCUCACUGAAAGUGUAGAAGAAGGGUGGUGUAGAAGCUUGAGUUUUACUGUACUUGAGAGGUCCAUUUUUGUCGUCCUUUGAAGAGUGCGAUAUUCACUACACCAUGAGGCUGAGAUCCAGAGCUAUUGGUGAACAGAAUGGAAGCCAUACCGCGACCGCUGCCUGCGAAAGUGCCAACAAAGGAAUCACUGCUUCCAGGGGAAGGAGUCCCUGGGGAUUGAGACGUGUACUGGGAGGGCUGCUUGGAGUCUAUGUGGGCAUCCCUGUACUGGUGAAGCUGUGUCCCUCCAUCAUGGCUCACGUGGUGUUUGCACAAAUGCUUCGUUGGCCACUGGCACCUCCGCUGACUGACCUAGAGGCUUAUGGACUAAGUGGAGCAAGAAAUUUCUACCUUCCUUCCACAGAUGGAAUCAAACUUGGAGUGUGGCACAUCCUGCCAGCUGACUUGAAAGUUGAGAAGAAAGAUGAGGCUUCUUUUAAUCAAGCUCUUAGCCAAUCAAAUCCAGUUAUCCUUUACCUGCAUGGAAAUUCCAACACUAGAGGAGGGUCCCACAGAGUUGAUCUCUACAAGAUAUUUGCUGGGCUGAAUUACCACGUGGUCAGUUUUGAUUAUAGAGGAUAUGGGGAUUCAACUGGCUCCCCCACAGAGGAAGGAAUAUGUGAAGAUGCCCUGGUGGUUCACUCAUGGGUGAAAAAACAUGCAGGAAACUCACCUGUGUUUCUAUGGGGACAUUCGCUGGGUACUGGGGUAACAUCAAAGAUAACCAGGAAGUUGUGUGAAGAAGGUAAUUGCCCAGCUGGAGUAGUGUUAGAAGCCCCAUUUACAAGUACUCGAGAGGAGUGUUCGGGACACCCGUUUGCCCAGCCAUGGAGAUACUUUCCUUGGUUUGACUGGUUUUUCACAGAUGGUCUGGAAGCAAACAAUAUCUACUUUGAAAGUGAUAAACAUGUUGCUGCUAUCACAUGUCCAUUGCUGAUCCUCCAUGCUGAAGAUGACUUCAUUGUUCCCUUCAGGUUGGGAAAGAAGCUAUAUGAGAUUGCCAAGGAGACAAGACCAAAAGGUGCUCCACCUGUACAUUUUAUAGGCUACGACAGAUCCCAUGGCUAUGGCCAUAAGUACAUUUGCAACAGUCCGGCUCUACCACAGGUUAUAAGGGAAUUUGUGGAAGGCUUGCCACAGAAAGUGUGACUUGAACCAAGCUGCUAAUGUGUUGAAGAGGUGUGGACCACGUCAUGACUUUGCACAAGACAAUGCAAUUUAUUGUUUUUAAGUUAACAGUUUUUAGAUGUGUUUGUGCCUGUUUUAACUCACUAGUAGCCAAGAAGUUUCAUAUAAGAAACUCAAUGUGAAUCUUUUUGUGGUAUGAACUCUAAGUAAGUACACUAUUGACUUUAUGAGAAUGACAAUAUCAAUGGGUUAGGCUGUAGAAAGCAAAAUCAUGUCACCCUUGCAAACUCAAGUUACUUUAACAUCAGUCAGCAAUAUUUCGCUUUCUGCAAAUGUUUGGUCAGAUGAGUAUUUAUUAUGAUUAGCUCCCUGUGCACUGUGUUAAAAAGAUAUCCAAAAGAGAUGUAACAGAAACAGAGAUAUUAUGGAAGAUGUGGGAGUAAGAAGUGUUGACCUGACUCCAUCAUCCUAUGAAAUAGAUUAAAGCCAGUUUUGUGCUGUUGCUUUUGUUGUGCCAACAGUUUUUCCAUGGUCGUCUAUUUCCUUCUACCUCACAGGCUGACACCUUCCUGGUCUUUUUGUUUAUGUACAUGGGUGGACACAAGCCAACAUCUAUAUUCAGACACCUGAGUACAAACAGUCAGAUGAGCCCUCUGAAUCCACUUUGACUUGAGUUGGCGCUUCUGUGACUUGAUACUCUCCAUAAACACAGGCAAGGCUGCUUCAAGUUAUUCAGGGCACAAUGUCCUCUUCCUUUCCUUAUUGCUACUCCAGUACUUUUGUUCAGUCAGCCCAUACAGACACUGUAAGUAGAAACCAAUGAAUUGACAAUAAUGAUUUUGUUCACUUUGUCCAGAAAGACAGGAAACCAGACAGGUGUGGCUUGUUGUCCUUUGUAACCCAUCCAUUCACACAAAGUAGGUUAGUAGGUUUGGGUCAAUAGAUGAAGCUAGAUAUAUUCUUUGGUCUUUCAGAAUAGUAGGUUAAUGUGUUGCUGUGGGAACAGUACCUUGUUUGUAUACACUUUUAAAGUAUGACUUUUUAUCUGCUCUUUAAUCAAUGCCAAUACUGGAUUUAAUUCAUACCCCUACAUAAUUCAAAUGUACUACCUUCACCACAGUCA